CACAACUAUUACAAACCAACACACCUAUUAACAAUAGAAACUACCCAUAACUGCCUUUUAGAAACUGCCCUAUUGUUUUUUAUUUAAAUUAAUUAAAUAUGUAAAACACACUAAACGACACCACACUAAUUGACUCUAUACUAACUGACCCAAACAUCGACUCAUUACUCAUUCGGUUAUAUGUGAACAAACCUGAUUAAAUCUAACAAUCACGCCCUUAAUCGUUGUUUGUUCACACUGAUCUUCACAACAGCGUUGGUUCAUCAUCUUCAAUCAAGCCUUUCAUCCUUGCAUAAGGGUUUGGGCUUGGGUUGAGGUUGUAAAUGAUGAUCCAAUAGAUUUUAUGGAACAGUCUCCAGUAGGCCUAUCAAUACAAGGCAUUCUAAGGACAGCCUACAUUGAAGAGCACGCGAUCCUCCAAAAGCAGAUUUCUGACAACGAAUUCAGUGAUGUGGAUUGGAGUCAAAAUGCAAAAUCUUCAGCUUGUAAAGAAACAAGUAUUGAUGGGAUAAAUGGCCACGGACACAAAAGUGGAUCAGAUCAAGAUGACUCAAAAUGUGCAGAGGAAUUGGAGAAUGACGAAGGCCCGGGAAAUGGAACCUCAUUUUACAAACUAGAAAUGGUUAAGAUUCAGUUUAUUUCUGCUCAUGGGCAUCAGACUGAUGUUGAAAUAGAAGAUUUCAGGAGAGCUCGGCCCGAUGCAAUUGCACAUUCGGCAGUAAAAAUAUUGUCUCGUUUUAAAGCUGGUGGUGAAAAGACCAUUCAAGCUCUCAAAUCUCUCUGCAUGCGACAAAAGGGUAUGCAAGUGGAGGUAACCUCAGUCCUUACACGAGCAAUUUCAAUAUUUCUAUUUCAGUAUCUUGUGCUCCUUUUGAAAAUUUAAUGCCGCAAUUUCUCCAUAUUCAAGAAAGCAUGCACUUUUCU